AUGCACGGCAAACCACGAGCGCUUCGCGAAAACACAUUGACUCGAAGCUUACAUGAUUUUGGAUAAAUCACACCUCAUUUCGCAAUAAAGUAACGAUACUAAGCCGAGAGUUAAGAAGUACAAGAUAGAUAUGUAAACGCCGAUUAUUUAAAUAAUUAAGACCGUCUGAGAGUUUUACUCGUACGGAGUUGUUGGGACUUCUUGUGCCCAGUCAUGGAAGCGAUACGGAGAUUUCUGCCCUGAUGCCGCGAUCUCUCCCGUCAUAUUUUCUCUAAAUAAAUGGACGCGAUGUUACUGGCCUCAGCUGUGGUCGUGUGGGAAUGGCUCAGCGAGCACGGGCGCUGGCAGCCGUACAGCCCGGCGGUGUCUCGUCACAUAGAGGAGGUGAUACGAAGCGAUCCCCGCGGCGGCAGCAUCGUCCUAGGCCAAGCUGACAACCGCCUGUCGCCCUACAUCAUCGAUUUACAGUCCAUGCAUCAGUUCAGACAAGACACGGGUACAAUAAGACCAGUGCGAAGGAGUUUCUAUGACCCCACCACAGCACCAGGCCAAGGUUGGAUAUGGGAGUGGGAAAAUGACUCUGGUUCCUGGACCAUGUAUGACAUGGAGGUAAACAUUGCCUUGCAAGCAGCACAAGAUCAACAGAAACCCUGGUUGGACCUGACAACUUUGGGCUAUUGCUACCUCGUGGACUUUCAGAACAUGACCCAGUUUAACAAGCAAACGCAACGGAAACGGCGCAUCCAGAAACGCUCUGACAUGCCAUAUCCAUUUAUCUGUGGGACACUGCCCAAAUCUACACAGGCUUGGAGUACUGGCUCAAAAACUGAAAGGACGCUUAGAGGAGUUACAUCAGGUGGGGGCUCUACCGGUGCCCUUCUUGGGAUAGGCAUUUCUGGGUCUACCCUGAGUAGAAAAGGAAGUAUGGUUUACCCUAGCGGGACACUUUCAGUGUCAUCCCUCGCCCCUGUUGGACAACCGUGUGCGUGCCAGCAGUGCAUGCUGGUGAUGAGUAUAAAGGCGAAUGCCACAGCAACACAAACGCUAGGACGCAAACCUCAUGCAACGAAACCUAAACCCAGUUUUGGGACGCUUCCAAAAAACUCAAAAUCUUUGUCUGUUUUAAAUUCGUAUUCUCAUGCACUACCAGAUGGUUUGCCAUUAAGCUACUCCCCUUCUGGAAAAACCAAGAAGUCUAGCGAUUUUUCCCAUUCAUUUUCCCAUCUUACUCCGGACACUGCCACUCUCUCAAUGUCAUCUAGCUGCCAUUUGCCUCCACCUUUAGCCUCGACUCCUGCUUUGUCAUUUUCCAAUCAGCAUUCUUCAUCCACACAAAACACAGCGUCUUCAGUAGCAUUGGUGCCAACUGCCACACUCGUCAACGUGUCAAGUACCACAUCGUCCACAACUUCUUCAACGUUACCCCAACAACGCUCUGCUGCCUAUGCUGCCCCUAUACCAUCUCGUGCCAGUCUGGCAGGGCUUAGCCAGCCUGCUUUGCAAAAAAUCGCAAGGGCACAGUCACAGGCGCUUAUUGCUUCUGGGGUGCCAACAGUUCCCGUGAAGAACCUUAAUGACUCCGGUCCUGUUCAUCUGGCUCUAGCUGGUAUUACUGGCAUUCUGAUGAGUGCAGCUGGACUACCCGUAUGCUUGACACGCUUACCUAAACAAGUUUUACAUCCCCCACCUGUCAGUAAGAGUGACAUCAAACCAGUUCCUGGCAUUGGACACUUUUGCCGCAAGACCACCAAGAAACAAGCCCGCCAAGGUGGAACACCAGAGGAGGUGGUGAAAAGUUAUUUGCAGAAGGUCAGGAAUCCACCAGAAGAAGAUUGCACUAUAUGCAUGGAAGCUCUGGGAGGGCCGUCGGGUUACAAGGGUCCAGGUGUGACGAGUGCUUCACGUACAGAGUCAGUAGGAAGACUGACAAAAUGUGGGCAUGUUUAUCAUCAGCAGUGCCUUGUGGCCAUGUACACCAAUGGCAAUAAAGAUGGCAGCAUGCAGUGUCCCACGUGCAAGACCAUUUAUGGAGUAAAAACAGGCAACCAGCCACCCGGUAAGAUGGAGUACCAUGUUAUACCUCAUUCGCUGCCAGGACACCCAGACUGCAAAACCAUCCGGAUCAUCUACAACAUACCGCCCGGCAUACAGGGCCCUGGGCAUCCAAACCCAGGGAAGCCUUUCAAUUCAAGAGGAUUUCCUCGUCAUUGCUAUAUCCCAGAUAAUGAAAAAGGACGCAAGGUGUUAAGCAUGUUGUUGGUGGCGUGGGAUCGCAGGCUGAUCUUCUCGGUGGGCUCCUCCAGCACCACAGGAGAAUCGGAAACUGUCAUCUGGAAUGAGAUCCAUCACAAGACAGAAUUUGGCUCCAAUCUUACUGGACAUGGCUAUCCAGACCCCUGCUAUCUUGACAAUGUACUUGAGGAGAUAAAAGCCCAGGGCGUCAAUGAAGAUGAGGUACAACAGCAGUGAGGAUGAGCAGGACAGAAAAGACAGGAACCCAAUGGGAGUUGGAAGGCUUGAGCGAUAGUAGAUGGAGUGCUAUUGAAUCAGUAUGAGAUAAAAUCUCAAUACUGUGUGCUUUUGGCAAAAAGUAACACCCAAUGGUAAUAAUGUUUGGUUAAUGGUAAAGAAGUUUGGUUAAAGAUGGAAUAUGGAGGUUUAAAGGAUGAGAGUAAAGAAAGGAAUCUGUGUGAGAAGGAAAAAUGGAAGGUGGAGGGGACUUGUGAGGUAGAAAAUAAAAGGGUCAAGAAAGUAUCUGUCAAAAACAGCAAGUUUUGUUUGCUUAAGCUAUGUUAAAGUAAGAAAUUGUGAAAGUUGUCAAAACAUUGCUAGCGUGGAUGUAUUCUGUUUCCUAGAACCAAUGCAAUUUGCAUACUAAAUGUUUUAUGAAUGUACUACUGUGAUUAUACUACACACACAACUUGCAUCCAUAUGUAUCCAAGCUUAGAUUUUCUGAACUUCUAUUUUUAUAUGAUGAUUGUGGAUAAAAUUCAAAGUUCAGUCAGUCAGAGUAAUGCUUUUGAGGUUAUCUUCAUUUAAAGUCCCCAUGUGGUGAAAAUCAAGUUUUUAUUGUUGUUAAUAUGUCUGAAUGGUGUUUUAAAUGUGCUUUAAGACAAACCAUCUGCAUAUUCAUUAUUCAACACAAAUGCUGACUAUUUUUCCAAAGACAGACAAAACAUAUGCAGGUUAAAACCGCCUCCUACCUCGCAAACAUGUAACCAAUCACAUCAUGACAUCAUGAUAUAUAUUUAUAUGUAUGCAUUGUGAAACAGGACUUAGCAGCUAUGUCUCUUAAAACUCUUGAAUGUAGAAUCUAUAUAGAUGUAUAUCUAUGGUCUGAGCUGGUCUGAUUGAGUAGAGGCGGGGACUAAUUUGCAUAGUCAUGGAUCCACGUAUACUAAGGGCCAGAUUUACUAAAAAGGGCAAAUGUGUGAAAGCGCAAUUUCAAAAAAGUGCAGAUGGGAGUGGACAUUUCUGCAGGUGAUUUUCUGGCAAGGCGCACGAUAAAGAACACAGGCGCAAAAAUCUAAUUUCUAUAAUGACCCAUGCAGUCUACAGCCCAAUUUUUAGUCGUGUGUAAGCUCUACAGCGUAGGUUGUCCGUAGCCUGAUGUGUACCCCGCAAAAUUUUUAAAAUCGCGUCAGUUCUACGCGGACUGCAAGCGCUGUGAUUGGUCCAUCAGAACCCCUCCCGUCAGGUAAAAAAUUGCGUCAUAGGUAUUUCUGUUUGCGACGGUGAAAACAAAGAUGAGCCAAGUUGAGGAAUGAUUUAACUCAAACUGCAACAAAAGUCGCUGUUAAAGCAACACUAUGUAGUUUCCAUGUACAAAUGAACUACAGCUCCCCCAUGUGGUUGAAAAGCGCAACAGUGCCUGGUAUCAGACACUCUUCUGCAGGCAGGGGGAGGGGCGAGGCUGUGUUUCCUACCCUCCACCGCCACUUUCAGAGUGUGCUUGUAGCAGCUAGGAGGCUGCUCAGGUUGCAGCAACAGUACAAUUUGUCCAGUUAAAAGUUGUUCUAUCACUUAAAUAAUUUUAGAGACAUUAUUUAAAAGUAAAUAAAACUACAUAGUGUUGCUUUAAUUUACUUCUAUCACUGCUGGUCUUCUCAAAUAAUACACAACAAGUUGCUGUUUCUUCUUCGUUUGUGGGAUAACUUCUUUAUUGAUGGUCUGCGCAUGUGUACGAUGGCGCAAAAGUAUAAAUGAAAACCGACGCAGAACCUACGCCAUCGCGGCUACACCGUAGGUCCUACGCACAACUUUAACGAGCCCUUACCAAGAGCAGCACAAAUUAGCAUAGGGUCUAAGAUAUGUUUUUUAAGUAAAUAAAUAAUGACGCAAAUACAAAGUAAAACAAACCCUGGUGUACCUUGUUGUACUUGUUUGACAAAGUUAUGCAAUAAUUGAAUAAUAA